AGCACUGUGCACGCAACAAGAAGAGACAUAAAAUCGAAUCAUGUUGCUCCAGCGCCAGUUAGCCUACUCAACUGCGGCGCCCGUUCCCAGCCUCGAGCGCUAUGCAUUUCGCCAUGUCGCCCGACAGCCUCCUCCACUUCUACGCCGCCGCGGCGGCCGUCACCGCCGCCUUCGGCCUCUUCUCGCUGUACAGGCACCUCGUGCGCCGCCGGCGGCACAACCCCGGCAUGGAGGCUCCGGACGGGGAUUCCGAGGAGCGCCGGCCGCUCGCGGUGACUACGGUGGCGUCGAGCCUUCUCCCGCCCUUCAUGUACAACCGGCUCGUCCGGCACAGCGGCAAGGGCGACGGCGCGGGCUCGACGGAGUGCGCGGUCUGCCUCGGCGCCAUCCGGGUCGGCGCCAUGGCGAAGCUGCUGCCGGCGUGCGCCCACGUGUACCACGUCGAGUGCAUCGACCUGUGGCUGGCCUCGCACUCGACGUGCCCUCUCUGCCGGCGCAGGGUCGGCGAUGAUCGCCCGGCUCAGGACCUUGCCUGUCUUUCACCUGCAUAGAUUGAUCGACCAUCACGUAGGCAAGACCGCAAGAGAUAUCUGUACAGUUUUUUUUUUCUUUUUUCCUUUUUGAACUUCGAGAUAAAAUCUGCAUGUAUGCUGGUGUAUAGUGUGUGAACUGUAGACUCGUGUGUUUCACUGGAGUUGCAUUCGGAUUUCUCAGCCGUCAGGAUCCCAUGAAGGCAUGAAUUGAUUGCCAAAAUACACACUUCCAGUGUCUACAUGUGAGAUCGAGAUAUUUCUGGCCGAUGCAGCAUUCGAGCAGGGCAGCAGGGGAAUGCAUGACAUAAUGCCAAUGUAAUCAUCAGGAAUGCCAUAAUGAGAUAUUACACAU